CAGCGGGGCGGCGGGCGCCGCUCCCGGAAGCGCUGAGGCGGUGGGGGCCGCGCGAGGGGCCGCCGCGGCGCCAGAAUACAUUUUCUAAGAAAAUGAAGAACAGAAAGCAACGUAUUCAAGAUGCUGAGGAUGAGGAGCAUGAGGACAUGGAAGGUGAAGAAAAUGAAGAGUGUUGUUCCUGUUCUACUGCUCUAAUAUAUGAUGAAGGUGACAAGUGUCCCAUAUGUCUGAACUGCCUUCUAGAACAAGAGAUUGGUUUUCCUGAGAACUGCAGUCAUACCUUCUGCAUGACUUGUAUUCUUAAAUGGGCUGAGACGAAGACCUCAUGUCCUAUUGAUCGCAUACCAUUUCAAGCCAUAUGUAAGCUUGAUGCAUUAGAAGAUCAGAUAAAGGUUCAGGUAAAGAAACAAUUGAGAGAGAAGGAAGAAGAGGAAAUCAGUGCCUACAAUAAAGGAAAAUAUAGCCAUGCAAAGAUGAGAAGCUUUAUAAGAAGAGCUGUACCUCAAGAGAGAAGGCUACUAGCAGCAAAAUUAAACAAAGUUGUGAAGAAAAAAUACGGUAAAGAUUUGUGUGAUAAACGAAACAAGAAAGCUAUGUCUGUGAAGAUAAAUAAGCCCAGAAGACAGACCUGCUCGAGUGAGAGCUUCAGAACUAAUUUUUACAGUAUGCUUCCAGCCAAUGGUAGCAAUGAAGAAUCGUCCUUAAGCUGUAGAAAUGAUUAUACAGAAUUCACAGAAAUCAAUACAAUGAUCAGACAGAAGAGACAAGAAUUGGAAUUGUCCUGUCCAUCAGUGCUUGCUAGAGUUGGAAGAAUUCCUUUAAUGUCUUAUGGAGCUGAAGCUGAGGUCUUUCUUCUUAUUUCGACUACAGUGCCAAGGACAAUUCUUCCAAGAAAUAUCAGGCCUUUGGAAAAUUUUGGUAAAAAUUUUUUUUACUCUUUAGGCAAAGGAUAUGCUGUUGCAUGUACCCAAGAAGGAGAAGAGAAAAAGCAAGCUUCUGGUUCAUCUGGCACUAGGGGAACUAGAAAGAAGUCUGUUAAUACUACUCCUAGAAGAAGAUCUGCACGGAACAACAAAAAUGAGACUCUUGGUCAGUCUCGGAGUUCACCUCGAUCAAGCAAUUCUGGGUGCAGUGCCCCUGCUGGCAGUAACACAUCUCUGAAUAAAUCAUCUUCAGAAUCAGAGAAGGCUCUUCCAAAACGAAAGUCUAAAAGAAUAGUUAAACAACAAACACCUCUGGUUAAAAAGAAACUGAGAAGUUCUGCACGUUCUGAAAAAUAUUCCAGUGAUUCAGUGGAAGAUGAUGAAGUUGCUGAGUCUGAAGCGCUUCUGGUGUUAGAUAAAGACCACCAGUCAGAUAAUGAAAGCAAUAGUAAAAGCCUUCUGCACAGAAAUAAUGUGGAAACAGAGUCUGCUAAUGGGUUGGAAAGCUGUAGCGAACAUGCAGAAAUUGAGGAAACCACAGGAAAAUGUGACGAAGAUGGAGAUACUCCAGGAAAUUCAGAUGCAGCUUUGUCUGUCCAAGAACCUCCAAUAUUAAGUUUAGAGGGAGAAAGUCUUGAAUUUGAAAUAAAAGAUGUUACCGAAAAGAAUGUAGAUAUUAAGAAUCAGGACAUCUGUGAAGACACUCUUGAACAAAUGGAAGCAAUAACUGUUCCCAGAGAUGAAUUACUUGAGCAUAUGAAAACACAGGGAAAAGAACAGACAUUGUCUAGUCCUCAGAAUGAAUUAUUGGUGAAUGCUGAAACUUUGACAAAAAUAGAUCAACCGAUAGUUAGUCCAAAAAAUGAAUUAUUGGAAUAUCCAGAUUCUUCGGAGAAAAACUGCCUAUUAGAGAGCCCUGAAAGAAAAUUGCAUGUGCUUCCAGAAGCCAUAGAAAUAGAUGAUUCUGAGACUAAAGAAAGGACAGUAGUAGACUGUGUAAGUACAGAUAUUCAAAACUUAAAAUCUGUCCAAGACAAAGCAGAUACAUUAAACAGUAUUACUUCUGACAGUAUAUCAGAACAAUCCUUAAAAGAGAAGGCUAUGCCGGAAAGGGAAGAGGAUAGAUCUUCAGAGUCACGCAAAAUAAAUACUGAACAUAAGCAUUUUGGUGAAGAUAACAAUGAAAUGAUACCAAUGGAUUGUGACUCAUUUUGCAGUGACCAGAAUGAACCUCAAAUUGAACAGUUACCACCAGUUGAUGGUAUACAUCAAGGAGAGGUGAAAUCAUGGGAGAAUGAUGCUGGAAACUCUGCAUCACUUUCAGGACUCUCUGAUGAAAAAGAUGAAACAAUUCCUGAAGAGAAAGAGUGUCAGUCGGAAUGUAAAAAAGAUAAAAAGACUCGAUCUAGAAGGUCUAGAUUUCACUCUCCAUCAACAACUUGGUCUCCCAGGAGAGAGGGUAGAAAAUCCCAAUCACCAUCUCCUAAAAGGGAGAUAACCAAAGAUGUGAGCUCUCAAUCACCCAAGCAGGAAACUGUUAGGGAGGGAAGGAAAUCCUCAUCUCAGUCUCCAAAGAGAGAGAUAUUCAAAGAUGAGAAAAAAACACUAUCUCGAUCUCCCAAAAGAGAAAUUGUCAGGGAAAACAGAAGAUCAUCUUCUCGGUCAAGAGCUAAGGAUUCUUCUCCAAGGCAAAAAUCUAGGUCUCGGAGCAGUGAUAGAGAUUGUCAAAGAAGAGAUCGUGACAGAGAAAGAAGAAAUAGGAGAUGGUCUAGGUCACGGUCUAGGUCAAGAUCACGAUCUAGAACAAGAAGUAAAGGUGCUUCAUCUGUUAGGAAUGAGAGGGAUGGUCAUUCACCUCGAUGGAAAGAGAAGUGGGCAAAUGACAGUUGGAGAAGUCCCAGAGGAAAUGAUCGAUAUAAAAGGAAUGAUCAAGAAAAACAAAAUGAAAAUCUCAAAGAGAAGGACAGCACAGAAAAACAUAAUGAUGAUCAGUGUUCUUCAGACAAACACAGAAAUGAUUGUCCAGACUGGGUAAUGGAAAGGAUAAACUCUGUUCCUGAAGUUAGGAAUAGAGAGCGAGAUAAACCACAUUGGGAAGAUUAUCGGUAUGAUAAUUCAGGACAUUCUUGGAAUAAAAACUUCAGUUCUGGUUGGAUUUCAAAUCGAGGAAGAGGUGGGCGCGGGAGAGGUGGACGUGGAAGAGGUGGCUUCGUGUAUGGAGACCAGAGUGAAAAUCACUGGCAAAAUAGAAAACCCCUCUCAGGGAACUCAAAUGGUUCUGCGAACGAAACUUCAAGGUUCCCAGAACAUCAGCCUUACAGACGUAAGAAUGAACAAGAUUAUUCUUUUGAUACUCCUGCUGAUAGAUCUGGGUGGACAUCUGCAUCCAGUUGGGCUGUAAGAAAGACUUUACCAGCAGAUGUGCAGAAUUAUUAUUCAAGAAGAGGACGAAAUUCAUCAAGCCCACAAUCUGGAUGGGGAAUGAGACAAGAAGAAGAGACAUCUGAGCAAGAUCCAAACCUCAAAGACCAAGGCAACCAGCAAAGUGAUGGUUCUCAGUUACCAAUGAAUAUGAUGCAGCAACAAAUGAAUGUAAUGCCACAAGUGAAUGCACAGCACCAGCCUAUGAAUAUCUUUCCGUAUCCAGUGGGUGUCCAUCCUCCUAUGAUGAAUAUGCAACGCAGUCCUUUCAACAUCCAUCCUCCAAUGCCUUUGCAUCUCCAAACCGGAGUACCUCUCAUACAGGUAGCUGCUCCCACAAAUCUGUCUCAGGGAUUACCUCCACCUCCACCUCCACCCCCACCAUCUCAGCAAGUCAACUAUGUUGCUUCACAACAAGAUGGAAAACAGCUGCAGGGAAUUCCAAGUGCUCCUCAUGUGUGUAAUAAUAUGAGUGCUCCAGCCUUGUCUGCUCCAACAGCAGCCCUGGGAAAUGUGGGAACAGUUCAGGGACCAAGUUCUGGUAAUGCAACGCCAUCAAAUCACGUCAAAAGCUCUAAUGCUCCUGUGAAAUUGGGAGAAAACAAAGCAAGUGUAACAGUGGAAGCCAGCGCAGAUAGCUCAAAGAAGGACCAGAAAUUGUUGAUUCAAGAAAAAGCAGCACAAGAGGUUAAACUGGCUAUUAAACCUUUCUACCAAAAUAAAGACAUCACUAAGGAGGAGUAUAAAGAAAUUGUACGGAAAGCUGUAGAUAAAGUUUGUCAUAGCAAGAGUGGAGAAGUUAAUUCCGCAAAAGUGGCAAACCUAGUGAAAGCAUAUGUAGACAAAUAUAAACAUUCACGGAAGAAGAAUCCAGAAGAGGCAGUUUCCUGUGAAAGAAAAUAGAUCAUGUUUUCAGUUUUUAAUUUUAUCCUAUCUACAAAGUGCAAUUUCAACAUGAACAGUUAACUGAAAAUUGUACAUGACUGAUUUGAAUCUGGUUUUGAUAAAAUUAUUUUUCAAUGUAGUAUAUAAUCUUUUGUUCUAAAGAAAUACAGAUCUACAGUACAACUUCUUUGUUCCUUUUUAAAAACAGAUGUCUAAAAAAGUAAAAGGUGUAAAGGAGGGUUGUUAGGAUUGUACGAUUGUGUGGAUACUUAGAUGUACAGCAUUUUGACUUGAAUAAUGGAGUGCAUUAAAUUAGAAACUUCUAUCUGAGUACAUUGGUUUUGGAACAGGUAUGUACAGUACAUUUAAUCAGUCAGAUUAAAUUUUUCUUUUGAUUUCUCCCUAAUUAUAGCAAAGAUAAUGUAUUGCCUUGACAAAUAUUUCUACUGUUAACUGGACAGACUGAAUGCAGGGGUCACUGUGUAUAUAUAUUAAAAAAAAAAGCACAUAGAGUUGUCUGAACAGAAGAACUGUUUAGAUUUUUUUUAAAAAAAAUCAUAAACAGUAAGAUUCAGUGCCCAGAAUUAUGGGCACUGCACAUCUGUUGUAACACCAAAUAAAAGUUAUGCUGCUUGUUUUUGUUUGUGAUGUUUUUCAAUUUGUUCCAAGCUAGUGGGAUGAACUUGAUUAAUUUCUAUGUAUCAAAAGCCCCCAGUCACAACGCACUGACCGCCUCAGUUCAUGUCUAUUCCUGCCCGUAGCUAUUGAAGUGACAUAGGCAGUUAGUAUGCUGUAGAGUUGGAUGUUCCUGAAAAAUAAGCACUAGUUUCUUUGUAUCUUCAAAGAAGGUGAAGAAAGGUGGAAUUUGCGAUUGUCUCCCUGUUGAUCGGAGACUGCUAGUUGUGCCAGCCUGAUCUGCGUAGUAUGUUUCCGAGUCCGUUACGGCCUGUAGCCCAGAUCACCAGUUGAAAGUACAGUCUCAAGUCAAAUGCAGCUUUUAGACUUCCCGGAGUAUGUUUCUGUACAGGUACCAAAAUCAUUUUAAAAGCAGAUGUGGGUUCAUUAAAUAUGCUAGAAGAGUGCUUACACCUGAUGUCAAACCGGUGUUACUGAGAUAGCAAAAGAUAGGUUUGCUGGAGCACAGAACGUUACUAGCUCCGUUCGGAAAAAGCCAGCCUGGGAUCCCUUCAGAUUUGUGUUACAAGAGCAGUGCAGUAUAGAAGGAACCUUAGUUCCCUUAUUCUGUAAGACAGCACUACUAAAAUUUCAGCAUUCCCCCUUCGGUCCUGCUGUGUGGUAGCAACCUUUGGUGUUGGCUCAAGGUCUGGGUUCUGCUCCAGUCAAAAGCACGAACGCACCAUUUUGGCAGAAAGUAUCUGUCGCGGUUUUUUGAGAACACAGCUCGUAGUAGUAGCCAGUCGUUUCCCAAGUUAACUUCUCUUGGCAUAAAAACAGUAUUGCCCUACAAAGAACUUCUGCAGCCUGAGGAUGAAAUAAGGGAUAUAUACCCAUGUGCACACACAUGAUAAAUAUAUAUGUAUAGAUAUAUAUGUGUAAAAAUGUGAUGUCACAACAGUUGAUCACUUGGUUUUAACUAUAACUUUCUACAGACUUAAUGAAGCAUUUGACUCUCUAUAUUUAUUUUUGUGUACCUAAAUAAUACUAUGUAAAUUAGAAACCAAUAUAAUACAUUUUCUACAGUCAAACCAGGUUUUAGGGGGUUUGUUUCUUUUUCAAAAUACUCAGUUUUACACUGUGGUAGCAAUUUGUAUGAUCUCUUGAACAAUUUUAAGCUAAAAUUGGUUAGCACUUUUUGAAAAAUGUAGCAAAUUGCUAUGUCGAUCCUGGUUGAUCACGCCAUGCGUACUUAUUACAUUUUUUUUGUCUCUGAAUUUUUGGAUUUUAAUGACUUUUUAUAGCUUUUUAUUCUAUACAGUUGAGCCUUGCUAUAAAACAUCUUUCAGGAGCCAGAUAAACUUUCUUUUAAAAGGAGAGGUGGAAAUUGGGCGGGAAGGAGCAACACAGGAUUUAAACUGGGAGCAGGAAGGGUCAUUAAUUUCUUCGUUUUGCAGUUCUUGGCUGGAAGAAAAGAUGUCACUUGCUGCCACAUUGUUGGGGCAGUGACUAUAGUGAUGCUCUACUGUAUUUCAGAUCCUGAUGAAGAAUAUGAUAGACUAGAAUGUGAUCAGUAACUUUUUAUUUUUUGCAAUUAAAUACUUAAGAAUUUAUCAGAAAAUAUGCAGUUCAUUACAAUUACGAUAUUGAAUUUAAAAAAUGCAUUGCCUUAAUACAUAGACUCUCCUCCUAUUUUUCCAGAAAAGUAGCAAAGUCUGUGUUGACCAUCUGAGAAAGCAUGUGCUUUAACCUUCUAGUCAUGUUUUUGUUAAGAUAGUAUUAAAGCUGUAUGUCUAUUUAUUGAAUCUCUUUGUAUUAAAACUCCAAACAUGCACUAGUGCAGAUGACAAAAUGAUGGGAAAUGCUGAGCCCAGUUGACAGAUGUAGGGUAUCAGUAAUUCUUUUGCUCUAAAUUGUCUUAAGGGGGGAGGGGGGAGAAAUAUAUGCAACUGUAUACCUUCUGUGAACUUAUGCAAAUUACAAGGGUUUUCCUUGCACUCCUCCCACUGUUUCACUGUGCAUGCUGCUUUUGAAUGUCUCAUCCUAAAGAUGUGUCUUAGGAGCACAGUGGCUGUCCAAAGUCAGUAAUACGGUGUUUGUAGUGUAAGGCUGGAGUGCUGUCUACUGAAAAAAUAUUUUAAAAUUAGUUUUAUGUAGUGCUUAACAUUUUCUAAUAAAUUCUUUUGACUAAGCUGUAAA